CUAACCCUGAGUCCUCUCUAACUGUCCCGUAUCUAAAUCUAACCCUGAGUCCUCUCUAACUGUCACGUAUCUAUAUCUAACCCUGAGUCCUCUCUAACUGUCACGUAUCUAUAUCUAACCCUGAGUCCUCUCUAACUGUCCCGUAUCUAUAUCUAACCCUGAGUCCUCUCUAACUGUCACGUAUCUAUAUCUAACCCUGAGUCCUCUCUAACUGUCCCGUAUCUAUAUCUAACCCUGAGUCCUCUCUAACUGUCACGUAUCUAUAUCUAACCCUGAGUCCUCUCUAACUGUCCCGUAUCUAUAUCUAACCCUGAGUCCUCUCUAACUGUCACGUAUCUAUAUCUAACCCUGAGUCCUUUCUAACUGUCCCGUAUCUAAAUCUAACCCUGAGUCCUCUCUAACUGUCCCGUAUCUAUAUCUAUAUCUAACCCUGAGUCCUCUCUAACUGUCCCGUAUCUAUAUCUAACCCUGAGUCCUCUCUAACUGUCCCGUAUCUAUAUCUAACCCUGAGUCCUCUCUAACUGUCAUGUAUCUAUAUCUAACCCUGAGUCCUCUCUAACUGUCCCGUAUCUAUAUCUAACCCUGAGUCCUCUCUAACUGUCCCGUAUCUAUAUCUAACCCUGAGUCCUCUCUAACUGUCACGUAUCUAUAUCUAACCCUGAGUCCUCUCUAACUGUCCCGUAUCUAUAUCUAACCCUGAGUCCUCUCUAACUGUCACGUAUCUAUAUCUAACCCUGAGUCCUCUCUAACUGUCCCGUAUCUAUAUCUAACCCUGAGUCCUCUCUAACUGUCACGUAUCUAUAUCUAACCCUGAGUCCUUUCUAACUGUCCCGUAUCUAAAUCUAACCCUGAGUCCUCUCUAACUGUCCCGUAUCUAUAUCUAUAUCUAACCCUGAGUCCUCUCUAACUGUCCCGUAUCUAUAUCUAACCCUGAGUCCUCUCUAACUGUCCCGUAUCUAUAUCUAACCCUGAGUCCUCUCUAACUGUCAUGUAUCUAUAUCUAACCCUGAGUCCUCUCUAACUGUCCCGUAUCUAUAUCUAACCCUGAGUCCUCUCUAACUGUCCCGUAUCUAUAUCUAACCCUGAGUCCUCUCUAACUGUCAUGUAUCUAUAUCUAACCCUGAGUCCUCUCUAACUGUCAUGUAUCUAUAUCUAACCCUGAGUCCUCUCUAACUGUCCCGUAUCUAUAUCUAACCCUGAGUCCUCUCUAACUGUCCCGUAUCUAUAUCUAACCCUGAGUCCUCUCUAACUGUCACGUAUCUAUAUCAAACCCUGAGUCCUCUCUAACUGUCCCGUAUCUAUAUCUAUAUCUAACCCUGAGUCCUCUCUAACUGUCCCGUAUCUAAAUCUAACCCUGAGUCCUCUCUAACUGUCCCGUAUCUAUAUCUAACCCUGAGUCCUCUCUAACUGUCCCGUAUCUAUAUCUAUAUCUAACCCUGAGUCCUCUCUAACUGUCCCGUAUCUAAAUCUAACCCUGAGUCCUCUCUAACUGUCACGUAUCUAUAUCUAACCCUGAGUCCUCUCUAACUGUCACGUAUCUAUAUCUAACCCUGAGUCCUCUCUAACUGUCCCGUAUCUAUAUCUAACCCUGAGUCCUCUCUAACUGUCAUGUAUCUAUAUCUAACCCUGAGUCCUCUCUAACUGUCCCGUAUCUAUAUCUAACCCUGAGUCCUCUCUAACUGUCCCGUAUCUAUAUCUAACCCUGAGUCCUCUCUAACUGUCAUGUAUCUAUAUCUAACCCUGAGUCCUCUCUAACUGUCAUGUAUCUAUAUCUAACCCUGAGUCCUCUCUAACUGUCAUGUAUCUAUAUCUAACCCUGAGUCCUCUCUAACUGUCCCGUAUCUAUAUCUAACCCUGAGUCCUCUCUAACUGUCACGUAUCUAUAUCUAACCCUGAGUCCUCUCUAACUGUCCCGUAUCUAUAUCUAACCCUGAGUCCUCUCUAACUGUCCCGUAUCUAAAUCUAACCCUGAGUCCUCUCUAACUGUCCCGUAUCUAUAUCUAACCCUGAGUCCUCUCUAACUGUCCCGUAUCUAUAUCUAACCCUGAGUCCUCUCUAACUGUCACGUAUCUAUAUCUAACCCUGAGUCCUUUCUAACUGUCCCGUAUCUAAAUCUAACCCUGAGUCCUCUCUAACUGUCCCGUAUCUAAAUCUAACCCUGAGUCCUCUCUAACUGUCCCGUAUCUAUAUCUAACCCUGAGUCCUCUCUAACUGUCACGUAUCUAUAUCUAACCCUGAGUCCUUUCUAACUGUCCCGUAUCUAAAUCUAACCCUGAGUCCUCUCUAACUGUCCCGUAUCUAUAUCUAUAUCUAACCCUGAGUCCUCUCUAACUGUCCCGUAUCUAUAUCUAACCCUGAGUCCUCUCUAACUGUCCCGUAUCUAUAUCUAACCCUGAGUCCUCUCUAACUGUCAUGUAUCUAUAUCUAACCCUGAGUCCUCUCUAACUGUCCCGUAUCUAUAUCUAACCCUGAGUCCUCUCUAACUGUCCCGUAUCUAUAUCUAACCCUGAGUCCUCUCUAACUGUCAUGUAUCUAUAUCUAACCCUGAGUCCUCUCUAACUGUCCCGUAUCUAUAUCUAACCCUGAGUCCUCUCUAACUGUCACGUAUCUAUAUCUAACCCUGAGUCCUCUCUAACUGUCCCGUAUCUAUAUCUAUAUCUAACCCUGAGUCCUCUCUAACUGUCCCGUAUCUAAAUCUAACCCUGAGUCCUCUCUAACUGUCCCGUAUCUAUAUCUAACCCUGAGUCCUCUCUAACUGUCCCGUAUCUAUAUCUAACCCUGAGUCCUCUCUAACUGUCAUGUAUCUAUAUCUAACCCUGAGUCCUCUCUAACUGUCCCGUAUCUAUAUCUAACCCUGAGUCCUCUCUAACUGUCCCGUAUCUAUAUCUAACCCUGAGUCCUCUCUAACUGUCCCGUAUCUAUAUCUAACCCUGAGUCCUCUCUAACUGUCCCGUAUCUAUAUCUAACCCUGAGUCCUCUCUAACUGUCCCGUAUCUAUAUCUAAAUCUAACCCUGAGUCCUCUCUAACUGUCCCGUAUCUAUAUCUAACCCUGAGUCCUCUCUAACUGUCCCAUAUCUUUAUCUAUAUCUAACCCUGAGUCCUCUCUAACUGUCCCGUAUCUAUAUCUAUAUCUAACCCUGAGUCCUCUCUAACUGUCCCGUAUCUAUAUCUAACCCUGAGUCCUCUCUAACUGUCACGUAUCUAUAUCUAACCCUGAGUCCUCUCUAACUGUCCCGUAUCUAUAUCUAUAUCUAACCCUGAGUCCUCUCUAACUGUCACGUAUCUAUAUCUAGAUCUGUCCCAUUUCUGAAUCUAACCCUGAUGGUUUCGGUGAACCAGUCUCAGGUCUAGCUGCUCUGUGGGUCUGGAACCCUGAACAUGAAUAAAAGAAUAAAUGUGCAGUGCAGCAGUUUGACCUGUGGGGGCGGUGAUGGUCAGCUGUUUGUUGCUGAAGCCUCCCUGUCUCCUCCCCCCUCCCCCCUCCCCCUCAGUCUCUGAGUAUAUAACCAGGCCCCUGGCCCCCGUCUCCCUGUCUCUUGGUGGUCUCUCUCUCUCUCUCUGUUUCUCGCUCUCAUUGGUUCUCUUGUUGGAGCGUGCUCAGUAACCCCUGCAGACCUGGAGCCCUGGUACUCCUACACCCACUGGUUCCCCAUGGCCUCGUCCCAUGUGAUGAAGGACCCACCGGGGCCCCCGGGGCCCCCGCCAAAGAUGCAGCCAGCCAUGAUGAUGUUCUCCAGUAAGUACUGGUCCAGGAGGGGGAUGUCCCUGGACUCGGCCAUGUUCCAGCAGCAACGCCACACGGGGGGGCAGAUGUCUCGUCGUCCGUCUUUCUGUCCAAUCAAAGAGAAGCCUGGCUCAGAGGGAGGAGCAGAGGAUUCUGGGACAACAGCGGUGGUUUUCUCUCUGAAGAAUGAGGUUGGCUGUUUGGUCCGGGCCCUCAGAGUCUUCCAGGAGAAACGAGUCAAUCUGAACCACAUCGAGUCUCGAGUGUCUCGCCGUGUCCUUGGCGAGGUGGAGAUCUUUGCUGACUGCAGCUGCAGUAAGAAAGAGUUCACUGAGCUGCUGCAGCUGCUGAAGGACCACGUCAAUAUUGUCUCCUUUAACACACCUGAGCACACCUGGUCAGCUGAGGCAGAUGAAGAUGAGGUCCCGUGGUUCCCCAUGAAGAUCUCCGAGUUGGAUCAGUGUUCUCAUCGAGUACUGAUGUAUGGAUCAGAGCUGGACGCUGACCAUCCAGGCUUCAAAGAUGACGUCUACCGUCAGAGGCGGAAGUACUUCGUGGAGGUGGCCAUGAAUUAUAAAUUUGGACAGCCCAUCCCCCGUAUCGAGUACACGCCGGAGGAGGUGAAGACGUGGGGCGUGGUCUUCAGAGAGCUGACCAAACUCUACCCGACCCACGCCUGCAGAGAGUACCUGAAGAACCUGCCCCUGCUCACCAAACACUGUGGCUACCGAGAGGACAACAUCCCUCAGCUGGAGGACGUCUCGCUCUUCCUCAGAGAGCGCUCGGGCUUCACGGUCCGACCCGUCGCUGGGUACCUCUCCCCCAGAGACUUCCUGGCGGGUCUAGCUUACAGAGUCUUUAACUGUACCCAGUAUGUGAGGCACAACACAGACCCUCUGUACACGCCUGAGCCGGACACGUGUCAUGAGUUGCUCGGCCACGUUCCUCUGCUCGCUGAUCCAAAGUUCGCUCAGUUCUCUCAGGAGAUCGGCCUCGCCUCUCUGGGAGCGUCAGAUGAAGACGUGCAGAAACUCGCCACGUGUUAUUUCUUCACCAUUGAGUUCGGCCUGUGUAAACAGGACGGUCAGCUGAGAGCGUAUGGAGCUGGAUUACUGUCGUCUAUUGGAGAGCUACGGCAUGCUUUGUCUGACCAGGCUUGUGUGAAGAUGUUUGACCCGAGGACGACAUGUACCCAGGAGUGUCUGAUCACCACCUUCCAGGAGGUUUACUUCGUCUCUGACAGCUUCGAGGAGGCCAAGGAGAAGAUGAGGGAGUUUGCAAAAACGAUCCAGCGCCCGUUCUCGGUCUACUAUAACCCGUACACCCAGAGCAUCGACCUGCUCAAAGACACGCGCAGCAUCGAGAACGUGGUCCAGGACCUUCGCAGCGACCUCACCACGGUCUGUGACGCUCUGGGGAAGAUGAACACCUACAUGGGCAUCUGAGGACACGCCCCCUGAGCUGUGAUUGGUUAACGUCACAUGUGUGUUGGUGUCUGAGUCAGCUGUUAGAGCCUGUAGAUAGGA